AAAAACAUGGUUGAUGAGCAAAAACAAAUACAUAAUUUACUCAAGUUAUAGCCAUUAUGUCCUGCAACGGCUUCCGUAAUUUUGGAAAAUUGACUUUUGGGUUAGUGACUUCCUUUUUUCGGAAAACGAAAACAAACAGGCAUUGAUUGUAAUAAUUGACAACUCAACAGUCGUUAAAAUGGAGGGAAAAUUAACAGAGAAAUAUAUGGACCAACUCGAGCAAUGGAUAGGUACAGGACCCAAGACAUUUACACUUCUCUAUGCCAUAACACGUGAUGGAUGCGAUCCUAAGACUUUCCAUCAGAAAUGUAACAACCAGGGUGCCACCGUCACAGUUCUGUAUAACCAACAUGGGUCGGUUUAUGGUGCUUAUACCAGUGUCAGUUGGCAAGAAAACCCAGGGAGAUACAUUUACGACGAUAAGGCGUUUUUGUACCAGCUUAUGUUUAAUGAAAGCUGUAAGAUGAAUAAAUUCCCAGUAAACCAGCCAGACAAAGCGGUUGCUCAUAAUAGUAAUUGUGGACCAAUCUUCGGCGAAAGUUAUGAUCUAAGCACUUUUCAUACUAACAUAAACAGAUCUGGAAACAUUUUUCGAUUAAAUGGAAACAUGGCAGGAUUUGGGAAUGUGUUCAACAACAAGGGAAUGAACACUGGCAAGAUAAACAACGAUACAAUGGAAGUUACUGAACUUGAAGUUUACAUGGUAACAGAUGGUCAACGUACAAAGAAAAAAGAGAAAAAACUUUCACCGUGGCGAAAAAUAAAGGACUGGAACGAAAAGUUUUAUAAUGACCUCAAAGAAGAGAUAGUAAACUUUAAACCUAUCCAAGGUUCGAAUGUAAGCGAGGCUCGAAUCUUGAUGUUAGGGCCAGUUGGUGCAGGCAAGUCUAGCUUCUUCAACACUAUAGAUUCAAUUUUCCGCGGCCGAAUCACACAGCGAGCUAGCAGCGGAAGUUCAGAGCACAGUCUCACUACUGCAUUUGUCCCGUAUUCUAUCGAAAUUAGUUCUGGGGCUACCUUGAACUUUCAGUUGUGUGAUACACGUGGUCUAGAAGAAACUAUGGGGAUUGAUGUACUAGAGUGUAAUUAUCUUCUAGAUGGAAACAUACCGUAUUACUACGAGUUUAACCCAACGAGACCAAUCACUCCAGAAUCUCCUGGGUUCAAAUCUGACCCUACUGGGAAUGACAAAGUUCAUUGUGCAGUGUUUGUAAUUGACUCUACAACAUUAGAGGUGUUGUCAACAAAAAUUGUUGAGAAAAUGAAAGGACUCCGUGGACAUACGAAUCAAAAAGGAAUACCACAACUUAUUCUCCUGACAAAGGUGGACAAGCUCUGUAAUGACGUUCAGAAGGACGUGUCUCAGGUUUUCUACAGUUCAAAAGUGGAACAAUCAGUAGAUAAAGCUUCACAACUUCUCGGUCUUCCACGUGCUAACGUACUUCCGGUGAAGAAUUACGAAAACGAGGCUGAGCUUGACGACAACGUUGAUAUACUUUCUCUUUUGGCUCUACGUAAAAUGCUUCAUUGUUCUGAAGAUUUCAUGCUGAACAUGAAACACAGGGAGAAAAAUGUUCAAGUCGAAAUGGGAAAACUGAAACUUGAAAAGUGAAUUUGAAUGUUUAUAUGGGAAACUUUACAAA